GUAAGGACGAUUAAUAAAUUCGGCUUAGCCUCGAGAAACGGGAUCAUAUCCAUCCAUCCCAAUUUCUGUACUGCUUAUCCACAGGAUAACAGGUCUCAUAUUUUUAAAACGAAAAAAAUAGUUAUUUUUUUCUCCUGAGGAUCCUUACACGCCUCCAUUUUGUCCUCGUCAAAGAGCACUCGUCAUGUUUUACAUCAGAUAUUAAAGUCGGUUAGUCGUAGUUGUUGCUCCACUUACAAAACACGCGCGCUGCUCUUCCAACGCACGUACGACAGGUUAAGUGCCGCCGUCUGGAGCAGAGGGCGCCAGCGGCCACUAAAACAAGCGAAGAAGAAUCGUUGACGUCAUCGUGGAACGACAACAUGGAAGCGGCCGAUGAAGUGAGUCAGGUGGAGGAGUCGGAGAGCCGUAACGGCGCGCUUAAAAUGAAGAAGCGGCUAGAGAAGCUUCACAAAGCGAGGCUGGAGGAUGCGGAGCGUCGGAAAGAAGCCAAAGAGAACCACACGGUGGACAAGGAGAGCGUGGACUACUUCUUCAGUACAUUCAACGUUGAGCGGGGGGCCGUCGAGGAGCUGCUGUGCGGCUGCUUGGGCGCGGACGAAAAGGCGGUGGCGCAGAGGCUGGAGGAGGCUACGAGCAAAACGGUACAGUUGCAAAAGUUCCUCAACGACAGCAUGGUUUUCCUGACCACUUACGACCAGCGGAAAGCUCAGGUGGCCCUCCAGAAGCUCCAGACGUCCCUCAAUGAGACGAGAGAGCAGGCGUUGCCCAAGAAGAAGUUCGGGUUCCGGGGUCGCACCAAGGCGACCCCAGCCUCCGCCACGGUGGAGGACCCUGUUGUCUCCCCACCUGCAGAUCACGGCGCCUCACACGUGGAUGGAGAUCCUCCUAGUAUACAGUGCACUUUCUCGAACAUGAGCAACAUGGUCCUCACAAAGACCUCUGAGGAGAUCACGAAGGAGGACGUGCUCUUGUCCCACCUGUCCAACUGCAAGGUGCGACUGUACGGCACACCUGGGACCCUGCACCUCAAGCACAUUGACCGCUGCGAGAUCCUGUGCGGCCCGGUGUCCACCUCUGUGUUCGUGGACCGCUGCGAGAGCAGCACCCUGGCUCUGGCCUGCCAGCAGCUGCGAACCCACAACACCAAGAACACUCGAGUCUACCUGCACGUCACCAGCCGUGCCAUCGUGGAGGACUGUCACGGCGUCAGUUUUGCGCCGUACUCCUGGUCUUAUCCUAACCUGGAGGAGGACUUCCGCACGGCCGGCUUGGACCCGAAGCGGAACAACUGGGACCAGGUGGCCGACUUUAAUUGGCUGGCCGCGGGGACGCCGUCACCCAACUGGACGGUUAUUCCCGAAGGUGACCGGAAGACCACAUGGGACCUCUAGGAUCCCUCCAGUGCCUUUAACUCCCAAGCGUUGCCAUUAUCCAACUCCAAAAUGGUGGGAUAUGUACAAAAAAAAGCUGCAAUAAAUGUUGUCAUUGAUUAUUUAAUAAAUGUUACCUAAAUGUGUAAA